AUGGCCAUCUCACGCAAACGAAAGGCCACGGCCGUCGAGGACUCGGCGCCUGUAACCAGGACGCAGAAGAGCUUACAUGCCUUUGGAACUGUGGGAAAGCCUCAUCAGAAAGAGACGGAUGGAAAGAAGAGGAAGACGGUCCACCAACGCGAACAGACUCCGCCGCCAGCACCGAUCACCACAACGAACAAGGCCAACAGCAAAAGGAAGCGCACAGCAGAAUUGAGCGAUGUCGAGGAGGAGAUCACGGUCUGCCCACGAUCUACUGCUGCGAAGAAAGAACAACGGUCAAAAGUCAUGUCUACUCCGCGCAGCAAGCGUGUCAAGAACGUUCUGCCAUCGCCAGCAGAGACGCCGACUCGAGGUGCCGCCGCACUCUUCGACAAAUUGAACAUCGAUGUGAACUCAAAAGCCAUUCCUCUCAAGUUAGGCGGCGAGCUACAUGCGCCGUCUACACCGCCACUCAGUCCCGUCCGAGAGGAAGACGACAUGCAUUUGAGCAUCCUUGCAGAGCUCGCAGACCUCCGACAUCUCUACUCCUCCUUCUUGGCCGCCAUCUCGAUGCACUACUCUCACAACGGCAUUUCCGCGCCUGUGGAUGUCGACUCUCUCCUCGACAUCAUCACUAAACACUACAAGAAGCGCAGCGUGAAAGUGGAGGACCUCCAACGGAUCCUCGCCCUCUCAUCGAGACUGGACGAUACUUUCACCCUGGAAAACUACGGACGAGGUGGCAUUCGACUCACUCGAUCUGAGCCACGAGGCCGCGCGGUACAACGCGCAACCAGCUUCGUCGACGAAGAGAAGCUCAAGCAAAGAUUUGGUGAUGCCUUGCGCAAGUCGUGGCAAAGCUGGGAAGCCUGCACCGCGAAAGAGAACCGCUCUCCAGCCGCAUUCCUAGCCCACCUCCCAAUCCACCCCGUCCUGAACAACGCUUCGGUCGAGAAAGCAGCUCCCGUCUUCGCUCGCGGGCAACAACGUCUCGCAGACCUCAAAGCCAGCCAAGCCGCCGCACAGAAGCCGUCAAUCUUGACCAGGCCCGUAGUCGAACCUACUGCCGUCCCUGCUCGCUCCCUCCAGGCCGCCCAAAACCGCGGCACCGCCCUCCUCGACCGAAUCCUCGCCAAACAAACCCUCGCCUCGACACUCCCAGCCGGACCCACCAAAUCUCAACUCGAACGCAGAUCCGCACUCCACCGAAUCGAAGAAAUCACUCGCAUCCUCUCCAUGCUGGCAGGCGUCAAGCAGCGAUGUAUCGCGAGGAGGUGGAGAGAUGUCUGGACUUGA